UGUCAAAAAAGUAUUAUUUCUCACUUAGUCUAUAUUUGCGGGUGCUAAUGGUUAGUUUGUGAAGUGAAAGAUUGUCAUUUUGUCUAGGCGAGAAUGGCAAGAAAAUGCUCACAUUGUGGGAAUAUGGGUCACAAUUCAAGGACUUGCAACACUCGUAAAAGGAGUUCUAAAUUUAGGCUCUUUGGUGUGCAACUUGACAUAUCUUCUUCUUCUUUUUCACCUUCGUUUGUUAUGAGGAAGAGUUUUAGCGUGGAUUGCUUGCCAUCUUCAUCAACUACCUCUUCUUCAUCAUCUUCUCUCCUUGCUAUGGGUGAAAAGUUUGAUCAAAUGAGUAAUGGAUAUGUUUCUGAUGGCCUCAUUGCAAGGAAUCAAGAAAGAAAGAAGGGCAUGCCAUGGACUGAGAAGGAGCACCAAAUGUUUCUAGUUGGUCUCGAGAAGCUCGGUAAGGGAGAUUGGAGGGGAAUCUCUAGGAACUUUGUGACUACAAAAACUCCAACCCAAGUAGCCAGUCAUGCGCAAAAAUACUUUCUUCGGCAUAACAACCACAACAAAAGAAAGCGUCGACCCAGCCUCUUCGAUCUAGGGAGGAACAAAUUCAGACCUCAACUGGUCAAUUCAUGUGUUUUCAAGCCUAGUAGUGAAGCAGCUUCUGUUUCAUUUGAGUUUCCAUCGAAGAGAACAAAUUCUAAGGUGCUUGAUCAUGGAAAAGUUGGCUAUUCUGAGUGGCCUUCUUCUACUCAUUACUCAAUGCCUAUUUCGUUUCAUAAUAAUAUUGUUGAGUCCCUCCCUGCUCAUGCUGCUUCAGGUUUGACCACAAAGCUCACUCUUCAGACUUCCAAGUGCAACCCCUGAUUUGGAACUAACACUUUUGUAACUCCGAUGCCACUGGAAGAAUUGAAAGUAACAUUAUGUUUCUCAAUGGCUUCUACUUGGACCCAUUUGUGUUACAUGAAAACUGGUGUAUAACAUUUUUAUUUUAUUAUAAAUCUAUGAAUAUAUUAUAUAUGAGCA